GGAAACCUUACACACGUGUUUUCUUGCAGAUUUGAAGGUUACAGAAGAAGCAGCAGCAGCAGGAUUCUUGUUGGCUGUCCGCUGGAGAGGGUCACCAGGACGGAGAGUGUGUGCUAAACGCCGGGUGUGAGCAGCAGUGAAGCGCAGACAUGGAUCCCAUGAAAGCACAGCAGCUGGCAGCGGAGCUGGAGGUGGAGAUGAUGGCUGACAUGUACAACCGAAUGACCAACGCCUGCCACAGGAAGUGUGUACCGCCACAUUACAAGGAGGCAGAGCUGACAAAAGGGGAGUCGGUUUGUUUGGACCGCUGUGUGGCCAAAUACCUGGACCUUCAUGAGAAGCUGGGACGCAAGCUGACAGAGCUCUCAGUCCAGGAUGAAGAAAUGAUGAGGAAGGCAGCCGUUGGGAGCGGAUAGAGACACUGAUGAAGGACAUGAUAUGGGGAAAUACUAGGUCACGGGGUGGGGUUAGCAUAUCUGCUUUCUCUAAGAUGAGAGAGUGGUGUUUUAAUGUAAAGGGUGGGUAAAUAAAAAAUGUAAACUUAAUACUGGGGUCCACUGAGACAAACUGCCUCCUCUACUGCGGUAGAGGAUGAUAAAAAGGACGGGGUUGGAAGACGCACCGGAGCACUUAGUGGAACGGCAGCAUAUCUUGAAACUGCUCAGAGCAAUCCGCUGGCCUCUCUGGAUCAGUCUGGUUUGUUUUACAUUCAAGUUUGCCUGUUGGUCCUCAAGAAGUCACCUGAAAAAUGCCUGGGAAGAAGAAAGACCUAGGACAUGUAAUGUUAUUUCUAAGUCAUACUUUGUGCUUGUUUCCAGCUGCUCAGAGUCCGGAAACUCAAACACUUUGUUGUUGCUGUUGAAACUUUGUUGCACCAACCAUCUGGUACUUGCAGCAGGUUAAAACAAACACAAAGAAUGGUUUGAAAUUAGUCUUUGAUCCUGAAUGACCCCUUUAACUUUUUUCUUUUUUUUUUUUGAAUGGGCUGAAAGUAAACAUGGGCCCUCUUCAUGAGGUUGCAACACAACAUUACAUUCAGGUAGAGAUAACAUUUUUCACCAUUACAAGUCAUCUGUUAUGCGUACAAAGUAGUGCCACUUCUGAAAUACAGCAAAUCAUAUACAUGGAUCAGGGCAUGCACUGAAUUAAUUAUGUAUUGCAGUAUUGAUGAGCCAAAAUGUCUUAUUAUUUUAUACAACACACUGUAUAGUUUACUCUUUUUCAGCCCUGAAACGACAGAUACGGCUCAUAGCUGGGUCAUUCUGGUUACAAGGACUUGUAUUGAAGAUGGACUGGACUUUGUUCAUGUUUCAUGCCUGUCUAGACUGUUGUGCCGUAUGUCAGUGGACCAUGUUUUUGACUGUGAUGUUUGUUUGAUUUUUCCCUGUGCUAACCACCAUGACACAGCUUUUUAUCUGCAUAUUAGAGAAGCUGCAGUGUUUCAUUGUUGUCAAGUACUCUAAUUAAACAAAAUCAUACUUUAUAUAAACAUUA